AUGAUAAAAAUGAAUACAAUAAGAUGUUUUUUAGGAUUUUUAUUUCUUUUUACAAUACACACUAACUGCGUUGAAGUUAAAAAAAGUAAGAAACGAUUACCUUAUUUUAGACGAAAGGUAGAAGAACUCGGUGACGGUGAUUUUUUUCAGACAACUGAAUCAGACGACCCCCGUAAUUUAGUAUCAUUUCUUGUUAAAAAUGUGAAAGAAAUCUUCGAUGACAUUAUUGAUAUUGAUAAUAAAUCAGAAAAAUCUACUAAAGGACAUCUCAUCAAGAAAAAAAUUAUUCCAACUAACAUACGUCAUAGAAGUACAAAGUCCCGUAGAUUCACAAAAACCACAGUAAAAUUUGAAUCAAUGUACAUUGAUACUUUUACAACUCAACAAGCUCUUGUAUGCAAUAGUAGUGCUAGCAUUUCUACUUCUACACCUGCAGAUGAUGAAAUGCUAGAUGAAAACUUACCUCUUACUACUUUGCUAGAUAAGCAAGAACUUUCCGAAAAUGAUGUAUUGAAUUCAAAGGUGGACCAUCUGCAACUUUCGAAAGCGCUAAAAGUGUAUUCUAGACCUGAUAAAAGAGAAAGGGAAGUUGGAAUGUUUGCCCAACAAAUACGAUUUAACUCUUCUGAAAGCGAGUUUGGUGACAUGAAGCGAUCAUGUAUCAUGUGCAAUAAUGUUGCGACAGAAGAUUGUAAUGACCCUAAAAAUAAAUUAAUACCGUCGAUAAUGUGCGAACAUGAUGAUGACGUGUGUUAUUCGCUGCACACGCCGUUUGGAAUAGUGGAUCGUGGAUGUUACAACGUAAAUCACAAUAUCUCUACCUACGUAUGUUCAUGCAAUCUGUGCAACUACAUAUCCAUUUCUGAGAUGCCAUUUAUGUUCUCUAAGAAGCGAGAUUGGAUCGAUAAUGUUAUUGAGCUCUCACGUACGAGGCACUUUAGAAAAUCUGUGUUUAAGGAUAUGUCUUGCUUGAGAUGCGAAGUCAACACGACCACCAAAACAGGAGAUAUGCUCGACAGCGCAAAUUGUUUAGAAGGAAGCAUUGGUAAUUUACCCGUGGAAGAUUGUAGAGUUGAUGAAAUUUGUGCAGUAAGGGCACUAAGAGCUGACGGCUACAUCUGGCGAGGCUGCGUCAAAGCUCCACUCUACAACUAUUGGUGGGCGGUUUGUGAUCGCGACCUCUGCAAUUAUGACCCGCCUGUUAUCCUAUACGAUUUUGUAAACGUUUGAAA